AUGUUCUAUUUUAUUGAACCUGAGACAUUAUCUUCUCCCGAAAAGAUUCCAAAGAGAAGAAAGCCUAAUAUGUUCAUAAUGUACCGUAAAGAUAUGAUGAAAUAUAAACCCCAUAAUAUGCCUAUGACAAAAUAUAGCAAGUUAGUAUCUGCAUGGUGGAAAAAUAUUCCUGCAGAAGAAAAAGCGAGAUUGCAAAGACGUUAUCAAAUAGAUAGAGAUCAAAAAUUGCAAGAGUACGCGCGCAAUAAAAUUGAAACAAAAGUUCCUUUGAAAAAUGAUGAGUUUACGCAAAUUAAAUCUACGGUUGAUGACCCCGUAAACGAAUCAACUGAUGAAUUAACGGCGAAAAAUAAAAGUGUUCCCGUAAACGAAUCCUAA